GCGGGGCGCCCAGCUGUCAAUCACACGCAGGCUGAGCUUGGUGCGGCGGGAGCCGCGGCGGCGGCGGCGGCUGCGGCGGCGGCGGCGGCGAUGGGACCCCAGCGAGAGAUCUGCGGCUAGCUGGCUGCACUUGCUCCACGGGUCAGGGGAUCGGAGGGGCCAGGAUUGAAGAAUGUGCCGUUAAAAAGAAAGGUCAAAGAGUAAAUAAAACAAAAAGAGGAAGAGGAGGACUUCAAAGCUGGGAAGGAUGAGUUCUUGUAGCAACGUCUGUGGGUCCAAGCAGGCACAGGCUGCUGGCGAGGGCGGGUACCAGCGCUAUGGAGUCCGGUCCUACCUGCACCAGUUUUAUGAGGACUGUGCCACCUCGAUCUGGGAGAAUGAGGAUGAUUUCCAGAUCCAGAGAUCACCUAACAGGUGGAGCUCAGUAUUCUGGAAGGUCGGACUCAUCUCUGGCACAGUCUUUGUGAUUCUUGGAUUGACGGUUCUGGCAGUGGGCUUUCUUGUGCCCCCCAAAAUUGAAGCUUUUGGUGAAGCCGAUUUCGUGGUGGUCGACACACAUGCUGUCCAGUUUAACGGAGCCCUUGACAUGUACAAGUUGGCAGGAGCUGUGCUCUUCUGCAUUGGGGGCACGUCCAUGGCAGGGUGCCUGCUGAUGUCGGUGUUUGCAAAAAGUUACUCCAAAGAAGAAAAAUUCCUGCAGCAAAAGUUUAAAGAGCGAAUCGCAGACAUCAAGGCGCACUCCCAGCCCAUUACAAAAGCUCCGGGCCCAGGGGAAACAAAGAUACCAGUCACCUUGUCCAGGGUUCAAAAUGUGCAGCCUGUCUCGGCAACCUGAACCAGCCCCACACCACGACCAGUCCCCACCUCUCUGAUUUACUCACAGGGUUACAACAGAGCAAGCCAGCUUUUGAAGUGACAGAGAUUUGGCGUUGAUUUGCACAGGACUGUGCGCAACCGUGGGCAGCACAGGCGUGAGCUCACACUCGCUCAGCCCAGUGGCUCUGGUGGAUGCCAUGUGUCCAGCUGUGCACGGGCUCCCAGCUGCUUAGAGGGUGUUUCUGUGUGCCCGCCAGUGGUCCUGUCACACUCCCCUCCCAUAGAUUGUGACUUAGUGUCAUUUUCCGUGUUAUUGGAAAACGCUGAAACAGUUUAGACCAGCCUACCAAUCGCUAAUGUGGCCCAUUUUAUUUUCCAAUAUUGGUUUUUCUCAUCUCCCCUGUGUGGUGCUGCCUUCCAUUCCUGUCUCACUAAGUAUAAGAUAUUGUCAUAUGUAUUCUUAGAAAAAUGAAAUUCCCUGACUUUGAACCAAACGCUAGUCCUUUAACUAUAUCUUAACAUGAGGUUCUUGAGAUUGGAUACAAAUUUAUCAGAGUUCUCCAUACAUCAUUUUUUUCUUUAGUUUUUUCCUCUUAAAAAGCUAAAAUUGCCAACUGUAGAAUCUUGGGAAAGAAGUUAAUGUUGGGAGCAUUUAUUUACACAAUGUCCAAAACAACUGACUUAGAAGCCAAGAAAUUGGAGUUCCUACUAUUAACUAGCUAUGUGACCUUAGGGAAAUCAUUUAAUCUCCCAAGCCUCAGUUUUCCCAUCUGUAUAAUGGGAGUCCUGGAGUGUGAUAUCUGAGAAUCCUUUUUUAUCGUGUGUCACCAUGUCUCCCCCCUCCCAAGGAUGUUUAUGAUGUUCUUUGGCCCUCACCACAGUGGGAUUCUUUCAGACCUGGACUCUUGGAGAGUCGCCCAGUCAGCAGCCUCUGCCCACCUACCCUUAAAUAUCCAACCCCAGCAGUUUAUAUGAUGCUGCCAUAUUUUUAUAAAGACUAAAGUAAGCCAUUAUCAAAUAAGAAACCCCUGAGUAGAUAUUAACCUUAAAAAGGGUUUUCUUUCUCCAAGAAGACCUCUUAUUCUCCAGCAAGAUGUUUGUCUCAUACCUUUGCAAUUUUAUUUAAUCUGUGGAUUUCAAUGGACUGAGGAAAAUGGAGGAUGUGACCUUGGUAUUCUCUCAGACUUUGUGCACCUUUGUAUUCUUUUUUUUUUCCCCUCCCUUCACUAGAUAAAUAAAAUAUGUGAACGAGUGGAACCUGAAUUGCAUUGUCAUUCCCUCAGUGUCGCUAUUUUAUCCCCAACAUGUAAUUUUCCAUUCUGAGGCUGAAUGAACUCUGAUGUUU